GAGCAUUGAGCAUUGGGCGCGGAGGUACUUAGGUUCGUCGCUGGGUUGCUAUCUUGCUGUACGUACGUACAGUGUCAUCUAUCAUUGGCAUCCACUGGAACAUGAUCCAACAUUGCGUAACAAACGAUCUGUAAAAGCGUGGCGACAGUGGGAUGGUGCGCCUACAAAUGCCGAAGGUCUGAUAAGGAGAGCUUCGAGAUGGUGGAUUACAGUACUGAUCCCUCGUGCAACCUGCACGUUAAUUGUCGUAAACACACGUCUUAUUGUCGCCCGACAUCAAUUGGAUCACGACCACCUCAUGACCAACAACACAGCGGGUAAAUCGGCAAUGGUGUAGAAGCAUUCAUGCGUAUCGGCACGUACAGACGCAGCUCACGACCUCGGAUCAUUGAAGGACACCAAUGAACGAGGCUAUUAGGAUACUAUGUGCAGACCAUCUGCACCAAUGCAUGUGGCUAUCGGCGACGCCCGAACAUGAGAGGCUACGAAUUACGUACGCUACUACCAGCAACUUCGCGGACAGUACAUUGCCAGUGAUACUAUAUUGUGGCCCGAUGUUUGGUAGUCGCUAUGGCUGCCUCGACAUCAACCGGCUUGCCAACGAAAUCGGCGUCCGAAUAAUCUGUGUCGACAGGCCAGGCAUGGGUGGUUCAACACUGUGUCCUCUCAACAUAAGGAUCAAGGUCUGGCUCGAAACGGUCCCUGCGCUAUUGAAGAAGCUGAAUGUCAAGCACGUGAGUCUGGUCAGCCACAGCGCUGGUACGAUGUACCUCCUCAACACCAUGUACUAUCUCCGCGAUAUCCUCGAUCCAAAUGCGCCUUACGUAGCUCUCGCGGGACCAUUCGCGAACAAGGAACACACACACGCGACCCUUCCGAGCCUAGGUUCAAGGCUGCCGAUAUCAUGGCUCCAUUCUUGGUCCAGUGUGAAUCGGUUCAUACUCAGCCGGGUUAUGCCAGCUACUUCCUGGUCCGGAGGUUUGAUAACCUCAACGGCUGAACUGUUCCAAUCAGAGCCAGGCACCUCAAACUCGGGCGAGAUGACCUUCGCGGAGAAGCUAGGCGUCAGCGAGGAAGUUGGAAACGCAGCCGAGAAGCUUCAGAUCAAGUACUUCCUCGCUGAGAAUACAGAAGCAGCUACCCAGGAGUUACUGCUUUGCCUGAACAAGGGCGAGGCUGGUUCGUGGGGUAUCUGUGAGGAUUAUUCUGCCUACGUCAAUCAACUGGUGCAAUCGGAGAGGGAGCGCUGGGAAUCGACGCAAAAGGCCAGCCCGGCGAAACUGCGGUUGAAGUUCUUCUUCGCCGAGUCCGACGUUAUGAUAGGCGAGGGAGGAAGACGGUACGUGGAGGAGUGCUGGAAGCAAACCGGCGUAGGCGACGUGAUGGAUGUCACCACCACCGUGCUUAAAGUCACGGAGUCUUAAGCCUUUCCACAGACGUCCAAGGCUCA